AUGUCAUACCCUUCACACUCGCAUCAUUCUGAAUACCUUGUGGCACAGAGACUGGCUAUCGAGAACUGCAUUGAAACCAUAUCCCGAAUAAGAGCACUUGCCUCACCUGAACCAUGUCAACAGCACGUUCGCUUCGCUACGCUUCGAAACCAGCUCUACCGGAUCGCCUUGCAAUGUGAUCUACAGUUGGGUGACACGGGUCCCAUCCUCCCUCCGGGGCUUUCAUCCUCCGGCGGUAUCGCUUGGCGUCUCUCCGCAGACUGCUUCUCCGUUGUCAUAUCAGCUAUCCCAGCUGACGGCUACAGUCUCCCACCCGGAACCACUCCUCCCGAAGAUUACCCCGUUAGCGUCGCUGCUGUCCAUUUUGAGUUCAAUCAGGACAAACCAAUAGAAUGCACUGUGCUAGUUGAAGAUCUAAAGAAGCGCAACUAUAACUCACUUUUAAAACAUGUGAAAAAUUUAAUCGCACUCUACGAUCUUCCUGGUGAAAUAGCUCAACGAUGCCGAGCAUAUCUAUGUCUCCAGGCUUUAGAGCAGGAUUUAUUGAUGCUUACGACCGCGGUGAGCAAUCGAAUACCCAAUGCUGCUGCUCCGCUGAAUCUUGAACUCCCUAGCCUCCCCUGCAAGCUCACCAACUCCCCAAGUGACGUGAACUGUUUAGCACAGUCCAUAAAUGGCUCGGCGGUGGGUCAAGUGGUCCAGCGUACUGGUGGCGCCUUCACCGUCCUCACAUACUUCGUCUCGGCCGCACAGAAGGCCAUCGCGGUGUCACACACUUCAAAACAUUCUGCUCAAGUGGAUCCGGAAGCUGGAAUGCUUGGCGGCUUCUGUGCCUCUGUUGGUCUACGUGCCACUGCCAACGCGAGUCAGCACUCCCUACCCCUCGUCUCCUUGGUGAACAUAAUAAAAGAUGCUGAUGGAUAUAAUGUUGCGCAGUUUACAAACGCGGACAAUAUUACUCGCGUGAAAAUUGCUGCUGAAUUCUUCCUCAGGCUUCAUCCACCCCUUUUAUUUGACGUUGAAUCCAUUUCGGAGAUUGAGGCAAUAACACUUUCCAAUAAUUUACGCGGCUAUGUUAUCAACGAAAUUGCAUUCACGUGUCCAAGUCAGCUACCCCCACUGAUUCAACUUCUUCGUCGAAAAGCUGCUUGGCUGUCAUUUGUGGAGUCCUUUCUACUUCAUCCUAGAAAACCCGCUGUCAAAGAUGAGGACCUGACCUACAGGUUUUGCGUCAACAUACCUUCCCAGACCAGUAUUCUCAUCAACUUCCAGCACCCACUUUGCAAUCGGAGACAGCGUCUCAAUUUAGUGUCUAUUCAUAUGGGCGAUCUCGGUGUCUCUGAGGCACGUGUACUGGGUGCAGUCUUACCUGAGGAAUUCCGCCUCGAUUCAGAGCAGAACAAGGCAAAAGAGAACGGCAACGAGGACAAAUACAACCCCACUGGAAUUCUUACACGCUCGCACAGUCUGCCAGUCGCCCUCACCUGGCUUCUUCUCCAAUUGGGCUGUCCUGUGGUCAAGAUGUUGACAUCCACGUUUCCGAACAAGUCGGUGACUAGCAGCGGCACCUGCAAAACUAUCAAACCAGUCGGUCAGCGACGACCAGCGGUCUAUUUGGCUCGCGCCCGCAAUGCUUUGCACCUCAGCGACGACGCAUCGGCGGACGGCCUACUGGCCGGCGCGGACAAGUUGUCCGAGAAAUCUCUGCAGGAUGCCGAGCGUCUUUUUCUCAGUGGUGGAGCUGAAGGUGGCGCUGGAAUCCUCUACGAUCCCACUGCAGGGACUACGCCUUCUUGGCCUGUUCUGCAACCAUCUCAAUCCCUGCCACCACUGCCUUCACCACAGCAAUUCCCCUCUCGACCGAUGCUUCCACCUGGUGUUAUGGCAACCACUCCUCCUGCCGGUCUGGUGUCAGACCAACACUCCGUUCCCGCACCGAAAGGGCUUGAUGACACAUUCUCUUCUCCUGCCCUCCCCUCAAACAAUCAAACUUUCCGAUCGAUGCCGAUUAUUCCCGGGGUUAUGACCACAUCAGCCACCACCCUUUUUGGCCAGCCAAUGAAGCUACCCAUAUCCUACCCCGCUGCCUCCACUCCUUCAAGUCUUGGAUUCAAGCCCCAAACCCCCGCCUCAUGCAGUGGCUCCAUGCUUGUGAGUCUGCUAGAUGAGGAUAAUCCACCCCAAAGCCUCCCCCAACUGUCUCACGUGGGCCCUUCGGUAUUGCCUCCAAACCGAAUUCUUUCCUCUCCAGUGACUGCUGCCACGCCUCUUCCGCCCUCCCCUAUCACUGCUCAGGUGCCCAACAGCAAUCAUUCCACAUCUCUCACUCUCAUGUCGACUUAUCCCAAGUCUUCGGGCAGUUCCGACGUUCUCAGCCACCUCCUCACCAGCACUGGCAACGUUGGCGUCGGUGGCAGCAGCAGCACUUCCAUUAGUUUGAACAGCAGCGCCAACAGCAGCACGCAAUCGCUCCCCCCUGCCCUCAAAUCGGCAACCAAUUCGGAGACAGGUGUGUCCAAAAAGGGCCGAAAGCGACGCGUUGAUCCCGCCAUGGGCAGUUUCAUCUCCACCCUUCCCACCCGUGCAGCCAUCAUCGAUGCGAUGAAACAGCCAACAAAGCCAACCCCCUCUAAGCCGGCAGUGCUCGCAAAAGAGUCCGUAUAUGAUUUUGAGGACUGUCCCUCCUCCACAAAUAUUGCUCCACCUCCUCUACCGCCUCCCCCACCUUCCAAGCCUUUCGCCUUCACUGACGUUUCCGCACCAGAACGUACGGCUGAACGGAAAUCGGGUCUCAAGUUUGUUAUCAAAACCAACCGGGGUGGAUCUGGCGGUGGCUUAACUGCUGCUUCUUCUGCUUCUGCCACCACUCCAAUGGAAAACACUGCCGUGGUGACUAAACCGCGGACGAAGGCAGUGGAGGGCAAGCCGUUUGCUCUCUUCAAACAAAUGCAACAGCAACAACAACCCUCCACAUCCUCACAACAUCCUAAAAAGGAGCGUAAACGACGUGUUUCCUCGAAGGGUAAGGAGGUGCAGCCAUCUCUGGUACUGUCCAUUUCAUCACCGAAGGUGUUCCCGUCUGCACCAAUGGCAACACCGACUCCAUCCCCUAAGAAACACGGACUUGUUAAGGGCAAACCGGGUCGAAAGAAGACUUUUUCCGCUAGUUCUGAACCGAAACGGAAUCGUCUCAUUUCCUCGGAUGAGCCUCCAAUUGAAUCGGGAGCAUUGGCUCCGAGCAGCGGAGUAAGUGGUGUUGUCAGUAGCAGUGGUGGCAAUGGCACGAAUCGUCUGAUCAAGGGCUACAAGAUUCCAAAAGUGCGCAAGCUGCCCUCCCCACCGUCCAACAACGCACCAUCGGUUUCAUCACAGUCGACCAAUCAGGAAGAAGCAGUAAUGCGAGCCGAAAUAACAUCCACGGCAACGGCGGUAUCAACUUCGCUACCCCCGCCUCCGCCACCAGCACCGGCGACAUCGAGCACCAUCUCCACCACAACAAAGUCGCAGCAGCGUUCGUUGCUAUUUAUCGUGGAGAACCUGAAACGAGCAGUGGUUGAGUCGAGUACGGCGCCACAGUCGCAUCAGCAGCAGACGUCUUCGGCCACUGUCGUCGAAUUGGCGCGUGGCAGUACCGAGGGUCCCGGGGACGCGGCCAACAUUGCUGAGGACACUCUUCCUGCUGACUCAAAUGAUAACCUUUUUGAGAAAUUUAGCAGCAGUGCACCGACUCCGACAAAGGGAGGGACAUCGUCGUUAGCACCACUGCCAGCGAAGCGGUUUAAAGUAACGCCAACGCUGGGCCCUGGCGUGUGCGACCUGAAUGAUGUCAAACUCAACAGCCGACCACCCGAAGACGAGGUGGUGACCGUGACGGGGGCCGGUGCGACAGUGUCCGCAAUGCGUGGGGUUGAGGCGGAGCGGGAGGAGAGCGGGGACGUGAGCGCUGCUCUCUUUGGGCAGGAUGGGCAAUCCGACUCGCAAACACCACCAGCCAGUUUGAACGAGGAGGCCACGGCUGCAGGAGGGCUCAUCAAAGCACCGACGGAUACGCCCGACUCUCCAACGGAGUCUAUGAGCUCCAAAGCCUUUAUUGCGUCCAGCAAGAUCAUCCCGGUCUCGCAGGAGCCGCCUCCGAGUGGUCACACCCCUGCCUUACCCACCGGGACAGUUGCCAAUUCCGCUACAGCUGUUGCCUCCUCUUCUUCCCCCUUCUUCAACAAACCACCCUCCUCCAGUCGACUGAUAUCCAGCACUUUACGGGGUGGUAUGGUAAGGGGAGUAGUAGGCCCAAGGUUCAAUUACCUCCGCGGUAGCUGGAGCAGUAGACCCUACGGCUCUCCAAUGAUACCUCGAGGUGCGGUGGGCGGAGGUGGUGCGGGUCGACUUCCACUCCCUCCAUGGGGAGGUGGGCCAGGUGGACCCCCUCAACCACCACCCGGUCCAGGGAGUGGUGUUGGUGUCAGUGGUGGCUGGGGUCCCCCAAGGGGCGGCGCCCCUCUUUAUCGCAUUGGUGGCGGGGGCAGCGGAGUUGGUGUUGGGCGGGGUGGCGGUGUUAGUGCCGGCAGCAGCGGUGGUGGCGGUCCCUUUUGUGGGGGCGGCAAUCGACAGGCGCCUCCGAAAACCUAA